GCCCCGCCCCGCCGUACAUAAGCGCUGCCGCCGCCGCCGGCGGUCCUGAAUCGCCGCCAUGAGCUAUAGCGCGGAGCCGGCGGCACUGGCCGCCCCCUAUCGCCAUCUAUACGCGGAGGGCCUGUGGCGCCCCGAGGGGUCGACUGGCCUGCGGGCGCGCCCGGGCGCGGAGCCGGGGCUGGGAUGGGAACGCAGCUGCGAGCCGCGGCAAACGCGGGCCAGCGAGAAGGAGCAGCUGCAGGGCCUGAACGAGCGCUUCGCCGGCUACAUCGACCGGGUGCGGGCGCUGGAGGAACGGAAUCGGGCGCUGGCGGCAGAGCUGGCGGCGCUGCGGCAGCGGUCGGCAGAGCCGCGCCGGCUGGGCCAGCUGCUGGGUGGGGAGCUGCGCGCCCUGCGCGCCCGGCUUGAGGAGGCGCACGGGGAGCGGGCGCAGGCUGCCUUGGAGCGGGCGCGCCUGGCCGAGGAGACGCAGCGGCUGCGGGCGCGCUGCGAGGAGGAGGCGCGGGGCCGAGCCGAGGCGGAGCAGGCGCUGCGCUCCCGGCAGCAAGUAGCCGAGGCGGCCGCCCGGGCACGCGCCGACCUGGAGCGGCGAGCGGCGGCUCUGCGGGAGGAGCUGGCGGCGAUGCGCAGCGCCCACGCCGAGCAGCUGGCCCAGCUGGGCGCCGAGCUCCGCGCCGCCGCACCCCUGGCGCCGCCAGCCGCCGCGCGGCCCGAUUUGGCGGCGGCGCUGCGGGAGCUGAGGGCCCAGUACGAGGAUCUGGCGGCUCGCAACCUGCAGGCGGCCGAGGACUGGUACCGCGCCCGCUGCGCCCGUCUCCACGAGCGGGCGGCCCGCAGCCAAGAGGCUGUCCGCGCCAGUCGCCGGGAGGCCGGCGAGUGCCGCCGCCAGCUCCAGGCCCGUCUGGCGGAGAUGGAGAGCCUACGCGGUGCCCACCAGUCUCUGGAGAGGCAGCUGCAGGAGCUGGAGGAGCGGCACAACGCCGAGGCCGCCAGCCUGCAGGACACAAUUGGGCAGCUGGAGGAUGACCUGCGAAACACCAAAACCGAGAUGGCUCGGCAUUUGCGGGAGUACCAAGACCUGCUUAAUGUCAAGAUGGCCCUUGAUAUUGAGAUAGCUGCUUACAGGAAGCUUCUGGAGGGAGAGGAGACCCUCUUCAACAUGGGAAGCACUAGCCUGUCAGAGCCCAAUCUUCUCUCCAACCCCACUUACUCUUUCCAGCCAAGAGGUUUUAGUUCCUCUACCCUGUCCUUCAAGGAGAAGAAGCAAGGAGAGGUUAUUACAGUGACCUCUAAAAUAUCAUGCAGCAGGGCUGAGGUGAUUGAGGGGACCGUAAGUUCUGCCAAGAAAAGAGGGAGAUUAAACAUGCAUGAUGGAAUCAUUGCAAAUGCAAAAAUGUAACUGUCAGGAUCCUGUCCAUUUUGGAUUUGAUGAGGAACAGUCUCCACUUAGCCUUUAAAUCACCCCUCCAGGCACAAAGAUAUACUGGGCUUGCAGGAGGCUCUUCCUUAGAAACACAUAGCUCCCUAGAGACAACAACCUGGGGCAGCUUCCUCAUGGGUCCCACCAUGUGGAAGCUGAGCUUGGCACAUUGCUCCCUUUUAAAUGGGGCAGAGGCAUGGACAGAUAGCUUGAUGCAUGUUGGUCAUUGUUAUGGUGGCACAGUGGACUUGUAGCACUCACCACCGCUCCCUUCCCUCCUCCAUCAACAUGUGAGGAGCUGGCUGAGACUGCUGCUCAGCUGGCUCCUGGGGAGAGCACAGGGGAGUGAGGGAAACGUUUACUGUAACUAGUUUCAAGGAUACUAUACAAAUCCAUGUUUAUCCAAACUAUACCCCACUCCUCAGGCUGUAGCUGACCACUUUUAAUUCCAGAAGCACAGAAAUAGCCAUACUGGACUGUUACCACACCUGGUGUCUGGUCUGUGAGCCACUUACAUUUUAAACUGUAAGGGAUGUUUGUUUUCUUUUGUCCUGGCAGUUCUCUGGUUUUUGGCAGUGAUAAUCUGGGCAGGCAUGCAGCAGCAUGUGCAGAGCAGGGCACUAGUGUAUCAGAGGUGAAGACAUCACCAUGCCAGAAGGCACAGCACCUCACCUGGUGUCACUGGCUUCAAAAUGACAGGGUCUGCAGGGCCACUCAUUUGGCUGCACAGUAAUUGGACAAAACCUCAGUGCUCACAUUAGCAUUGUGUCCCAGCUGGUGCUGUGAAGCUGCAGGACUCCAAACACCAGCACACAAAGCAUUCUUGUCUCCACUCUAACUGUUCCAAUGUGUGCCAAAUUUGAUAUAGGAUUUACAACCGUAGGUUUCCUUCAAUGCCUUAACAUUGCCACUGAUUGCUUUUGCAAGAGCCAGAGAUUCUCUGUGUGUGUGUUGUAGUGUGUCAAUGCCCUGGCAAGGUUAUCAUCAGAGACCUUAAUGCCCUCAUGGUGGUGCCAGAGUAGUUCCUGGAACCAGCAAAUUGUUUGCUCACUCUCUUUCCUCUUCUAUUGUAAGGCACAAAUUAACAAAUAAAGAAAAAGAAAUAGUUAAGUGGAUCAAAA